GGCCCAGCGCUGCGUGGCAGCUCGCGAGACCACGUGACCACCCGCGUCCCGCUGCUGCUUCCGCCGCGGCCGCUGACAUCCUCGCAGCGUGAGGAUAAGCGCGACUCUGGCCGCAGGACUCCAGGCAUGCGUGGCGCUCGGAGGUAGCCCUGACCUUCAGGAGCGCUGCUGCUUGCCGGCCAUGUCGCUGCAGGUGGAGGCGGCGGUCCCGCCGCCCCCGCUCGCCAAGUCCCGCCGCCCGCGCGGCCCCCGGCCCGCCGCCCACAGGAGGAAGCGCGCCACGCCCCCGGCCACGCAGAAGACCGCCAGCGGGCUAUACGUGUACUCCAACCCCCCCAGAGUGCUGAACAUGAACCCCAGCGUGAUACGACAGUGGUUGCGCGGCGGCGAGCUGGACCGGCUGCAGCAGGUGGUGCUGGAGGGCCAAGGGCACAAGCUGGUGGGCGAGUACUCCCCCGACCCCAAGGUCAGGGCCUUCCUCAAGACCGUGCCCUCCGUCAUGGCGAGCAUGGAGACGCUGCACGACCUGGUGUCCAAGGACGACCUGGAGGGGGUGCGCCGGGUGCUGGAGCGGGACCUGCAGGUCUCCAAGGGCCGCGCCCUCGCGCUGUGCAAGGACCAGUCGGGAGCCGGCCUGCUGCACAAGGCCGUGUGCCGCGACAACCUGGCCGCCGCGCGCCUCCUGCUCGAGUUCAACCCCGCCGCCGCCAACCUCAAGGACAAGGAGGGCCGCACUGCGCUGCACUACUGCUGCCGCACCUCGGCCCCCGAGGACUGCUGGGCGCUGCUGACGGCAGCCGGCGCCGACCAGGGCCUCGUCGACAGCAAGGGCCGCACCGCCGCCUACUACCUCGACCACCCGGAGGAGGCGUCGCCGGCCGAGGCGCGCCACGUCAGCGCCGCCAUGAAGAGGUUCACCUCGGGCAAGGGCGGCUUCGUGGUGACCAAGGCCAACAUCCGCAUCUGGAUCCACGACCGCGACCUGGGGCGGCUGCAGCAGAUGCUGUGGGAGGGCCACGGCAACAAGCUGCGGGUGGAGACGAGCAACAACCCGCGCGUCAAGCGGUUCCUCGACGCCGUGCCCUACAUCAUGGGGACCAUCAGGGACGUCCACGCAGCUGCCGUCUCCAACGACGUGGCGACGUUCAAGAAGAAGACGGCUGACCCCGUGCCCGGCGCCAUGCUCUGCAGCAAGGACCAAAAUGGACUCAACCCACUGCACAAGGCUGCGGGCCUGGGGCACACAGAACUGGUCGAGUACAUCCUCGAGAGGAACCCCAAAGCUGCCAACAUGACAGACAACGACGGGAAGCUGCCGCUGCAUUACGCGGCGGCCGUCAAGGACGACGGCAGCACCUACAACUUGCUGGCGGGAGCCACGGCCGACGAAAGAGCUCUCGACAACAGGGGGAAGUUCCCGGGCUACUACCGCCUGAAGCCCGGCGAGGCAGACCCGGGGGCCCGGCUGAGGGCGGUGCCCGACGCGCCGCGCACGGCCUCCACCUUCCCGCCCGCCUGGGACUGGCGCCUGCUCAACAACAUGGCCUACGACUUCGGGCCCGUCUCCGCCGCCCAGGGGGACGACUCGGGCCACGAGGCGGGCCACUCCGCGUCCGAGGACACGCUGCCGGGCUCCGACCGCUCCAAGACCCUGGGAGAUGACAGCAAUUUCGGGACACAAUCUUCAAUAUCAGAAAUGCAAGAAGAAUCCAGUCACAUCGAAGCCGGAUACACCAAGCUAGGACCAGGUAACGAAGGAGGCAAACCACCUAUUGAAGAAGACGAGGGCAUGGGAGGAGACGUGGAGGAGAACGAGCAGCAGGAAGCGGAGGACCAAGAACUCGCAGUGGAAGAAUCAGGGGACCAAGGAACAGCCGCAGGAAGAGGGGACGAGCAGACAGCGGGAUCAGACAUGGAGAAUGGAGAGGAGGCUGCAGUGGAGGAGGCAGAGGGGAGGGCGGCCGACGAAGAGGACGCGGACCAGGAGCCCGCUUCACUAAGGCCCGAGCAGGACGAGCGGGAGACAGCCGGGCAAGACGACGAGGCCGUGCGAGACGCUGAGACGGGGGAGUGCGAGGUGAAGGACAGCUCAGAAGCCACUGGCGAGGAGGAACCUGGUGCUGCCCAAGUGGACAGGUGGGCACGGGACGAAGAUGGUGGCGGGGGAGACGCGGGGCAGACUCCCGCCUCCGACGCCGCCUCCGACCCCGACCACGCCCAGCUCUUGGCUGGCGGGGAGGAAGAGCAGGCAGGCGGGGGCGAAGGGCCAGUUGAGACCGAUGCCCCUGAAGAACAAAUCGACGAAAGCGCAACAGACGAGCGCAGCAACGAAGAGGAGGAUGUCGGCGAAGAGGUCAAGACUGAAACGAAAGAGGAGGAGGUCAGAAGACUGAUAGACGGUGGGAACAUGGGGGAGUUGGCAGCAAUGAUCCUGGACGGGGAGGGGUACAGGCUGGUCGGGCGCGCGUCCAGUGACCCCGAGCUGCAAGGAUUCCUCAACAACGUCCCCGUGUACAUGAGGAAGAUCUCGGCGGUGCACGCGGCGGCCCGCGAAGGGAGGCUGCGGGACCUGCAGGCGGCGCUGGACCGCCGCAAGUUCGCCGUGGCGCGCGACGGGGCCUCGAGCCUGGGCGCGACCCCUCUGCACGUCGCCACCUUGUUCGGGCACACGAGCGUGGUGCGCUACCUGGCGGGCCGCUUCCCGGAGACCCUGGCCGCCCGCGACCUGCUGGGCCGCGCCCCGCUGCACUACGCCGCGGCCGUGCGCGACAACGGCCACUUCUACCACCUGCUGCUGGGGCUCGGCGCCGACCCUGACCUCGCCGACCACCUGGGUAACACUCCAGAAUACUACCAACAAAAUCCCGAUGCCUUAUCUCAUCAGCAACUUCUUAAGGAAUACGGUGCUUCUGAGACUACAGCCGACAUUCUUGCAGACAAAGGCGACCCCACUGCCCGCUCCGACUCCAGGGAUGAAGUCCCAGUCAUCUGGACGGACGAAGGCCGUUACCUCGCCUCCGCCCUGGGACAGCCUCUGAUGAAAGGACUCACGGAAAUAGCCACUACUCGUCCGAGAGAUCCCAUCGCAUACCUCGCUGCGUAUCUGUACAACUAUGCCAACAGGAACAAAUCAAGAGUUGGAACUCAGGAGUCCCGCGUGCUGCUGACGUCGGCGCCGGGCGUCGAGGCGCCGCAGGAGCAGGAGCAGGAGCAGGAGCAGGAGCAGGACCUGGACCUGGACCUGGACGGCGACGACGCCGCCCCGCCCAGCCCGGACAUCCCCGGCAGCGCCUUCGCGCCCACGGAGCGGGACGAGCACGGCCAGAGCAUGCUGCACUUCGCGGCGGCGCGCACGCACGGCCGUGGCGCACUCCUGCAGCUGCUGGACGAGGCUCAGGUGAACCCGGGCUGUAGGGACGCGCUGGGCCGCACGGCGCGCGACGUGGCGCUGCAGGCGCGCCUGCCGGAGAACGCGCGCGACAUCGACCGCUGGGUUCUCUUCAUGGCCGCCAGAGGUGAGACAGAGAAGCUGCUGGAACUGAUGCUCGAAGGCUACGACCACAUCCUCGACGUGACAGACGAAGACAACAGAUCUAUCAUCGAAGUCGUAGCCGAAAGAUCCCUGCCCGACACGCAGGCAUUUCUCCAGUCCAUCGCGCCGUUCGAGGAGCGGCGCGAGCAGCUGCACGAGGCGGCGCGCGCGGGCGACCUGGCGCGGGUCAGGGCCGUCCUGCUGCCGGGAGACGGCGGCAAGGCAACCCUGCUGGCCGUGGGCAAGAGCCGGCGCGGCCGCACCUGCCUGCACGUGGCCGUGCUGCGCCAGCGCGAGCCCGUGGUGCAGUUCCUGGCCGGCGAGUUCCCGCAGACCCUGCGCCUCGGCGACAACCUGGAAAGGACUCCACUUCACUACGCGAUGGGGCUGGAGAAGUUUGAGUCCAUCAGCACGAUCCUCAUCAAGGCCGGAGCAAAGAGGGUUGCCAAGGAUUUGAAAGGACGCCAGCCCACAUAUUACUUCAUGAAUAAACUCGACAUCGUCAAACUGCAAGAAGAGGAAGAAGAGUUGGAAAAAUCGGAAUGACUAGAUAAAAAAAAAGUCCUUGCCAGACAAGUUAUGUUACACUCCUGCACUUAGUUUCAGUGUAGAAACAACAAACAUUUUUAAUGACUGAUUGUAUAACAAAAACUUGUAUAUUAUUAUAUUGUUUGUAUUACUUCAGCGUGAAAUUACUGCAUAUUAACUAGAGUGUUUAAAUUUUCCCACUGUUUGUUCACGUGUAUCAAGAGUGGUGU